AUGGCGAUCAACAAUCAGGACUCCGGCGUUCGCGAAAUCAAGCCCAAGAACAGAAGGAUUAUGGGGCCGGACGAGGAGGACAGCCGGUGGCCGCCAUGGCUGAAGCCUCUGCUCAAUGAACAGUUCUUUGUCCAUUGCAAACUCCACGCUGAUUCACACAAGAGCGAGUGUAAUAUGUACUGCUUGGACUGUACCAACGGCCCUCUCUGCUCUCUCUGCUUGGCUCAUCACAAGGAUCACCGUGCGAUUCAGAUAAGGAGGUCUUCGUACCAUGAUGUUAUAAGAGUGUCCGAAAUUCAAAAGUAUUUAGACAUAAGCUCUGUCCAAACUUACAUCAUCAAUAGUGCUAAGGUCGUGUUCCUCAACGAGCGGCCUCAGCCGAGGCCCGGGAAAGGCGUGACGAACACGUGCGAGGUCUGCGAUCGAAGCCUGCUCGACUCGUUCAGGUUCUGCUCCCUUGGCUGCAAGAUUGUUGGGACGUCCAAGAGUUUCAGCAGGAGGGAGCUCCGGUCGCCGGAGAAGAGAAGGACGGCGGAUUCCGACGACUCGAUGAGCAGCAGUUGCAGCAGCUCAGACGGGCGGCGGCUCAGCUUCCGGCCGGCGACGCCUCCUCCGACCGCCAUUAGCUACCGGACGGCCAAGCGGAGGAAGGGAAUUCCCCAUAGAGCCCCUAUGGGAUGCCUCGCGAUAGAGGGUAAUUGA